ACACAUGUCCUUUGAUGCCUCAGGUGACAUUCGACAUCGAUGGCACUACGUGUCGAUAGAUCGAUGUAUCGAUGCAUAGAAACAUUUGUUGGUAUAGUUUUGUAGUAGUUUGUGUAAUGCUGUUUAAUAAAAAUAAGGAAAUCCAUAACAGCAAAGACAUAGAAUGAAAUGCAAUGCCUCGGAUUCUAAUAUUCGCCGACGGAGAACUUUGUUUAGGUUACAAAUGGUUUAAACACAAACAUAAACCAAAAAGCCGCACUACAAGCCAUGGCACAUACUCAGCGAGUUCCAAUUUAUGGAACCAGACCACCAUGCGCUACACCUACUCGCUUGGAAGAGUGGCAUUCUCGUCUGCGGACGAUACGACUUGAAAGAGCACGUAAACCGGACAAGCCAGAGGAUUUCGUUGUCUAUGAAGGUUCAGAUGAGGAGGAUAACGCUGUUGCCGAGAAAGAAAUUCUUCGAACUUCGUACAAUUUUGUGGACUUUGUGAGAGGACGUGAGCUGGGUGGGAAUGACACCAGAUGUGUGCGUGCUGAAUAUGCUUCACGUCACAUACUUACACAUGAAAUGUUUAAAGAAUAUUCUGUAUCUCUUAAUAACAUGAACAAGGUGUUUUGCUCGCAGUGGCUGAGCGACAGACAAGUUGUCUUUGGGACGAAAUGCAACAAGUUGAUGGUCUAUGAUGUUGUUAAACGUCAGUUGGAUCAGAUUCCUUCCUUGCAAGGUGUUCGAAGUUCAGCAAACCAGCAGCAAGAUCAACAAUGUGGAAUCCAUGCUGUGCAGAUAAAUCCAUCAAGAACAUUGCUUGCAACGGGAGCCCACAGCUCAAGUGAAAUAGCCAUAUAUAAGCUGCCCACACUAGACCCUGUUUGUGUGGGAGAGGGUGCGCAUCAAGACUGGGUGUUUGACAUGUGUUGGCUUGAUGAUCAGUUCCUUGUAUCUGGAUCACGAGACACUCGCAUGGCCUUGUGGAGAGUGCAGUUGGAUGAGCUUAUGGAUGGAGAAGAUGGGCCAUCUUAUAAACAUGUUCAUGCUUUGGCUACAAAGGAAUGCAGAUCAGCACAAAAAGUUAGGGCUGUAGCUUUCAACAAGAAUUUCCAGGAAAUUGCUGCCUUGUCUCUUAAUGGUUUCAUUCAUAUAUGGAAUGCUGAAACAUUUGAGCAGAAGUUUUCAAGAAAGCUGCCAUCGUGUCAAGAAAAUGUCUGUCUCGCAGUGCAAGAUACUGGAAUGUAUGCUGUUGGCUGUCGUUCCUACACUCUGCUUUUAGAUGCUCGAACUUUACAAGCUGUGAAAAAAAUAUCAACACGUUAUAGUGGCUGUGGUAUUCGAUCUGCAAGUUUUCAAGACAACAUUCUCACAAUAGGAACCGGUGUUGGUAUACUGAUGUUUUAUGAUUUAAGAGCAGGAAAAUAUUUGGAAUCCAACAUUAAUUCAAGCAGAACAGUCGUGCUGAAAGCGUCGAAAGGUUGGGUGUUUCCAGAUGAUGAGUACGUAGAUGGUUUUCAAAAUAUCAAGUACACUCCAGCAAUAUAUACCCAUUGCUAUGAUCCAUCAGGGACACGACUUUUCACAGCAGGUGGUCCAUUACCAGCAAAUCUAGAUGGAAACUAUGCUGGAUUGUGGCAGUGAUGAUUGGCUAUUGUAGGUUAUUGUUCAUAAAUGAGACUUUGAAGGAAAUUAAUUGACAUAAGUGUACUGCAACAUGUGAAGAGUGUAAAGUGCACUUGCAUUGACUGUUCUCCGCAGUUCCUGAAAUAAAUAUGCAAGAAAUUGGCACUGAUAAACUGAAAUUUACCAAAGAUGAGUUUCAUUUAUUUUUGUGGAGAUAACAUCUGUGGAGCUAUAGAUAUCUGCAUGUGCAUCUUUUGUUCUUUUACUUCAGCUCAGAUUUUUUUAAUAUUUAUUUGUGUUGUAAAAGUAUUUCCUUUUAAUUUUGGAGUUCUGUUGUCGCAAUACUUUUGUAUUGAAAGAGUGUUGUUUUAUUUAUGGUGUAUCAUUUACAAUUUUGUUAUCUUAAAAUUGAAAUGUUUACAGUUUCAUAGACUGAUUAAUAAUGGAAGGAAAAGAGAGUAAUGUUUUUGGGGGUCGUGUAUAGCUGAUCAUAAUGACACAAGAAAUAGUAAUGAUUUUUAGUCAAUAGUGGUUUCAGAAUAGGGGCAGACAAAUUGACAAAUGGUCUAUCUUUCAUCUGCUAUUCUGCCAUGUUUUUAUUCUCAGAGAUGAAGAGAUGAAACGUUUUCCCUUGAUUGUUUCCAUUUUCCUACCAAUCUGUUCACUUUAGUGUUUCAGUUGGUAUAUAAUUAUCGUACGCCAUGUUAUUUUGUGAAAUAAUGACACUCCAUAUGAGAGCAGAUAGUUAACUUUCCAGUAGGUAUUUUGUCAACAGAAAAAGAUAUGCUGUUAGCUCACUGAUAAGCUGAGGUUGGCACAAUUAUAUUGUACUUUAAGUAGACAUACUUGAAGUUAAAUUUAUUAUUCUGACGAUAUCCACAAAUUGUGGUUAUUUAAUUGUGAUUAUUUCUUCUAAAAUAGAUGACAUUGUUGUGCUGCAUCCUACAUAAAGAUCUUCAACAAUUCUAAAAAAAAAAAAAAAAAAAAAAAAAAAAAAAAAAAAAAGGAACUCAUAUUGCUGCUUGUCUAACAAAAUUUUUAAAUCAGUUUGACUGUUUAACAGUUAUUUAUUUAAAAAGUGAUCAUAUACUGAAUUGUAUGAUUAAAAUAAAUUUUUUUCCCUAUUUUCUCAUACUGUACUGUAGCAAGUUACAGAGUGGUUUUCAAUAAUCGAGUAUAUCAGCUUAAGUUGUUUAAUAUAAGAAACAGUAUUGUACUGUAUUUUUAUUACUAAUGUGGAAGUAAAAUUAAUCCCUAAGUUACAAACAGUCUGGUGUAUUCGGAAUAAGACUUCUUGAAUGAUAAGACAGAAUCAUUUUGUACAAGAGAAAACCCAGUUUUCUUUGUAUGGUCUAAGGUUCCACACGUGGAAAAAAGUGAUGGCAGGACAAGAAAAAAGUACUUAUAAGUAAUUUACAUAUUUAUAUUAUGCUCAGUGUUUCAUAAACCACCGUAUGCUGGGUUAGUGCCAUUUUUCAGCAGCAGAGGAACAACAGCUAUUAGUACAUUCUGUUGUAGAUUCUGACAGUGGCAAGUACCUACAAAUAUAACUGUCCAUUAUCAGUAUCACUUCAAAAGAAAUGAACUUUUGUGAAUAGCAAAGAUGUAGGUGAUACCUUUUCACAUAUUUAUGAAUGCCAUCUUUUAAGUUUACAUACAGCAUUAUAAUGGGAAGGUACAUCUGCAACAUUAAAUUCAAUCUCUUUUUACUUUCUUUGGAAAACACAACAGUAUGUCUGUAAAAGACUAAAGAGAAGUUGACUCUUUUAACCAGAAGAACCAUCAGACAUAUUACAAUUUCAAUCAGUGAACAUUGACUAGAAUGUGUCAAGUUGAUCUGAGUUAUGGGGUGUAGUGGAUAAAGUACCAAAAUCAAAUUUGAGAGGAGCAGAGUUAAAAUUCUCACCCAGAUAUAGGUUUUUCACGAUUUUUCUAAAUCUGUUAAGCCAAAUGCAUAGUGUGUUCGUGUUAGGACAUGGCAGAUUUUCUUAUUGUCCAAGCUUGAGACCCAGCAAAUGACCUAGUCAUCAGUGAGGCAUUAAUCCCUAUAUCCCUUCUUUCCUCUUUUUACCCUUACCUAUUAAGAUUUUCGGUAAAUGCUAAAAUUGACAGGCAUAAUACAUGUCAUGUAGCAGAUCGAAGUUGUUUUUGAAGAAUUUGUUAUUGCAAAGUAUUUCAGAUCCAUUUAUAAUUUCUUUGAAGAUUUUCUGUUGUGAAUCCAGAAGAUGGGAUGCCAAAAAUUAAAGCAUUUGAAAGGUUCUUUUAGCUUGCUGUCUAUACUAUCACUGUAAGAAAUAGGUCUCUGAAUUUGCAAAUGCAAAACUUAUAAACUUUGGCUCUAUUAGGUCAAAUAUUGAACUGGUAAGAGAGCAGUGCAAACGAAACAGGUAUUAUCCACUACUAAAUUUAUAUAUACAAAGUACAAAAGAGAACGGAAGAGUACUACAGUUUUGUUUUUUAAAAUAAUGUUUACUAAACUUUGUUUGUGAAAACGAUUGUAUGUUAGAUUAAUUUAUUUUUUGUAAGAUCACUUCACAUUCAUGAAGUCUAACUCCACGGAGUUUUGUAAUGUAUGUUUGAAGAGUGAUUUAAUUCUACUGUUGUUUAAACUGUGGGAAUUGAUUGUUCAGUCACAGAAGACUUUUGCACAAUUCAUCAGAGAAAUUAAUUAAAAGGGAACCAGUUAAUAUUUUUAUGAUUACUUCACUCAUUUUUAUAUAAAUCAUUUUGGAAUUACGUUACUUGUAUUUUUGAUCCAGUAGGAGAGGUUUGUAUUUCAAUUUUAAGAUUAUAGCUUACAAUGUCUUUCAUGUGUAAUCACUUUUGUGCACAAAUCCUUUCACAUCACUGUAACAGCUGGCAUUCAUAUUUGACGUGGUACUAAAUAUAUGUGAAUGAAGAAUUGUACUUUGUUAUUUUCACAGUCUGCUAUUCAUACUUACUUCGUAAAAAGCUGUCUUAGUGUAGUUUCAUAUUAAUAAUCCUUACUCAUAGUACAAAAAAAGGUUUAAAAUGUUAUGUAGGAAUUCCAAAUAACAUAAACAUAUGCCAGGAAUACAGUGGCACCUUAUGACAUUCAAAUUAGUGUAAACAUUUUUGUUUAUUAUACUUUAUGUGACUCUCUGUAAGAAUGGAAAGUAUAGACAAUAAUUUUGUGCCAUUUUUUAUCUGUAUUCUGUUACAAGCUAUAAACAGUCUCUUUCUCUCUAAUCUUUUUUUAAAUUAGUACACAUGUUUUAUUAGGGAAAUAUAAGUAAUUGGGUAAAGUGGCUCACAUGGAAUAACUAAACAAUGUAAACUGUGGCAAACUUGAUAGUUACAGUAUGUCCACAAUGAGUAUUCCGUAAUUGUUCAACCUAUAUGUAUAUCUAUUACCAGUUAUAUUUCCUCAACAAAUAUUGUAAGUUGGGUUCAUUUAGAUAAGUGCAAAGGAGCAUUUAUAUAAGUUCAGUUACAUAUUUAAUAAUAAUAAUAAUAAUAAUAACAAUAAUAAUAAUAGUAAGUAGAUAUACUUCAUAUCAAUCUUCAGAAUGCAUUUUUAAGACAAUAUUGAUUUCAUUAUUGUAUAGAUGCCCCUUCCUUGACUCAGUCCACUUAAAUUACAGUGGCAGAUGCAGUAAUUUUUCCAUUGCUAGUGUUAUGUGACUUAACAUCAAGGUAAGACUAUUACAUGAUUCUGGAAGACCACACACUCUGUCUAUAUUGGGGUGGAUUCUUCAUCAUAAUAGCAGAAUUCAGGCACUGAAAUUAAGCAAUAAUCAAGGAAUGUAGUGAAAAGGAGUAUGUUUAGUGUAAAAUCAGCACUCUCUGAUGUAACAGUAAAAAGAAAAUGAAGACUAUUUUUACUAUGGAAAGGAACAUUCUUUCUUCAGACUCAUUUGUUCCUAUGAAAUUUUCUCAUUUAUUACUAAUCCAUGCAAAAUGCGUGCUCUACUUUUGUAACAUCUCACAGUAAUUGUGGUGUCACUGUAGAUAAUUUAUUAUGUAUACAUUUCAAAAGUGUGAUUAAUAGAGCCAUCACAUUUCUGUAAAUUGUACAUGCCUCAUGCUAGUUUUUGUAUAAACUUGUAAACACAUUCUA